AGGUGUGGCCACCGCACAAGCAUGGAGUCGCUAGGGGGAGGGGGGUCAGAGGACAUCGGUUUGCAGUGCUGUGCUGACUAACCCGCCCGUUUUGACCGAGAUCGGCGAUUCGCAGGGCAAUGGCAGUGUGCAGAACGAAUUGUGGGCCAGAGCAUUGGGAUUACAUCGCCUCGCUGGUGUACAUUACGAUUGGCUUAUGGCUUUUCCUGGGCGCGAUUGGUAUCUUUUGGCUCUUCCUUGCCAAUACGUCCAGUCUGGACAGGUUCCGUGAGAAGGUUGGUUUGACGCAUGCGAGGAUGUCUGCGAACAGUCUGUUUUGUUUGGUCGACCUCGCGUUGAGCAUGGCUAUAUGCGUGCUAUAUGUACGGAGAACAUACACUCAUUCAUAUGGCACCUUUGAUCUAGUUGUCGAGACUUUGGCAUGCGCGAUGUACCUAUCCGACCUAAUCCCUGACUUUAUCGUCAAGAACCUCACGAGCGCAUCGUCAGGGGUGAAAAUGUUGUGUACGCGAGCGGUACCUGAUUGCAUUAUUGUGGCUUCAAUGCUCUCCACUGCUCUGAUUGAGGUGGACGGGCGCACUACUUGGGCAUCUUGGUCAUUUUUUGCAUCAUGGCGGGCGACGCACGCUUGGAAACGCCUCCUGCACGUGUACAACGUGAAUAUCCAGAUGAAGGAAUGGCAGGUCGCCGAUAGCGUUGUGAGUGCCAUAAGUAUGGUUUUCGCAGCUGCAAUGUUGAUGAUGUCUCUCGAGAACCUGGGGGAUCCUAGCAUGAUGAAGGAUCACGGGCGCAGGGAUUGGAACAUUGUGUCGGCGAUGUAUUUUGUUGUCACCACGAUAUCCACUGUUGGAUAUGGCGACAUGGCUCCGAGAACGGGCAUAGGUCGAAUAGUGGCGAUCGUAGCAAUAUUCGGCGGCAUCGCGAUGGUGUUGCUGGUGACCUCCAAGAUGGUUCAGGUAUUUUCCCAGUCAAGCCACGGCUUGGGAAGUUGGCAGCCAAUGCUCAGAAGUAAGCACAUCAUAGUCACGGGGAACCCGACAACGCAGAUGGUCAAAGAAUUUAUGUCUGAGCUCUUCCAUCCAGAUCACGAUGACGACUCUGAGGACCUCCACCUCGUGUUCCUGCUCCCGAAGGGCAGCGCUACCUUGUCAGAGUUAAUCCGUUUUCUCGAGCUGAAGCGCAACAUCGGUCUCGCCGCCAGUGUGCACCCUCUCGGAGGUAGCGUUCUGAACAGAGCGGACCUCCUGCGAGCAAGUGCCGCGUAUUCAUCGUGCUUCUUCGUUUUGCCCAAUACACGGAACGAAGAUCCCAGAAGGGAAGACACCGAGUCUAUUAUCCGCGCCAUGGCUAUCCAGAAGAGCGUGGCCAACACGCGUAUCAUCCUUGUGCUGAUGAAGGCCGAACACAGGCAGAUGGUGCUCGAUGCUGGCAUGGCCGUCAGUCAGGAUCCCAGCUCACCGUUUGCAGGUUUGACCAUCCUCGCAGUCGACGAGUUCAAGAUGGAGGUGAUUGGAAAGACGUGCGCCAUUCCAGGCUUUUCCACUUUCAUGAGCAAUCUCUGCACCUCAGUGACGGUGUCAGACGAGGACAAAGAGUUGGGUCGCGGAGCGAGGCCAAAAUGGCAGCAGGAGUACGAGUCUGGUCUCGGCAUGGAGCUGUACGAGGUGGAGCUGAGUUUGCUCUACGCUUCGCGUCAGGCCGUGUUCAUCGAAGUCGUAGUGGAUGUCUUGGAGCAGACAGGCGGCACCGUAUACUUGAUAGGGCUGGUGGAGCAAACGCUAAACGGGAAGCGGGUGCUCAUUAACCCUGGCCCAAAUUACAAAAUCCGGCCACCUUCAGAGCAUGUGGAGACUUCGGGCAUAUUCAUGGCACCUAAUCGCGAGGCGGUGCUGCAGUGUGAGGGUGGCAUGGUCUUCCUCGGGCGCCGUGAGCGUGCCCUGCGGGACCAGCGCGUAGCCAAGGCGGUGGCGAAGCAGCCCGGCUGGAGCCAUUUGGCCGAGGACGAGGUCGGGGGCCUCGCCAUUCCUGGCGUCCCUGCGGGGAUGGCGGAGAAGGCACGGAAGGUCAUCGAGAUGGUCCACAAGCACCGGCGGGCCAAGGUGGCGAAGAGGCCUCCGAUGAAGAUGCUCGGCAGCGGAGGUCACGUCCUCGUCCUCUGCCUCGGGGGCAGCGUCGACAGCCAGGGGAUGCAGGUCGGUCUGGGGCACUUGGUGAAGCCCCUGAGGCGGCACCUCGAGUUCCUGGGGGGCAACCUCAAGCCGAUCGUCAUCAUGGCGGCUGCCACCCCCCUGGACUGGCCUGCAGUUGAGGACACGCCAGGGGUGUACUUUCUGCAGGGGGACCCGAUGGUGCAGUUUGACCUGGAGCGCACCAGCUUCCGCGACGCCGCCGCCAUCGUCGUCUGCCAGGUGGGCACCUCCGGUGCAUCCACAGCCACCAAGGAGCCCUGGACCGUCGACUCCUCGGUCAUCUCUUGCGUCCGGGCGGUGGAGUCGCAGCUGAACUUCGACAGGAGGGGCGUCGUCGUGGUCAUCGCGGCACUUUACUGCGACACGAACCACUUCCUCGUGCCGCGAGCGCUGCAGGAGAAGAGCGCGCGGAAGAAGAAGCGGCAGGAAGGGAUGAGCGUCUUCGCCGCCAUGAAAGACUUCAGGGGUAGGCAGGUUGGUUUCAAGAUGGGUCAAGAUGGGUCAAAGAAGGAGGAGUCCGAGAUUGCUGGGCCCGAUGUGCCAUACUACCGCACGGCACGGUACGCGCGUGGCCAAUUGUUUGUUGACACCACGUUGACCUCGCUGGCGGUCAACACCUUCUAUAAUCCCUCUCUGUGCGAAUUGGUCAGCGCCAUGAUAUCGGCGCCCAUGUCCCGGUGGCAAGUCUCUACAGAGUGGGUGACCAAGUCUUUCUUCGAGCUCUUCGAUCACCUCCUGUGGGUGGAGCAGCUCCUGGCGGUGGCCCUCUUCCGCGAGCAGGGCGGCGUGCCCUACCUCUUCACCGCACCCCCGGGCAAGGAGACGACGAUCCUGACGGGGGACCUCGUCGUCUGCUUCGGCUGCACGCCGCCCGCGGGCCCGGCGCCCGACGGGGCCCGGGAGCAGCCCAAGGCCGGCGGGCCCGCGGCCGCGGGCGGACCCGCGCCGGGCGGGCCCGCGCCGGGCGCCCAGCACGGCGGGCAGCCCGGGCACGGGGCGCUGGCGGGCCCGAAGCUCGAGCCGGGCGCGCCGCGCGCCAAGCGCCCGAGCCAGGUGGGCCCCGGGGGCCAGCCGAGCCCGCAAGGGGGCGCCUUCAAGUAGAAGCCGUUGCGGCCUCGAGUAUGCAGCCUCGGCCAGGCGAGCGGGGAGGAGGGCGUGAGUACCAGUGUGCGCUGAGCUGUGCAGCUGGUGCUGGUGCUGUCAGCCCCCCCCCUGCCAAGACAUCCGACGAAACGACUUGUUCGACCCGCGGCCCCAAACUAUAUUCUCAUCCAUGGGGGGUAAGGCGGCCAGUGGGACGCAGUCCACGCUAGUGGGGAUAGGGAUCGUUUAAACCAUGUAGUUGAGAGUUUCUCCUCUUCCUCCGUUUACUCCUGUUGCUGCUACGGCCCUCGAUGAAUUCGACGCUCGGUUUCCUGCGUUACGUUUCACACCUGUUCUAGCCCCGCCUGUCCAUUGCUGACCCUGUGUUGCGAAGCUGCUGCCGUGGGGAAAAGACUUCCGUCCAGGUUGCCAUGCUCGUUGGGCACUGAACUCAUCAUGUGCGCAGGCGGCCCGCUCCCGAUCAUCCCAACCGAU